UCCCGGGUCACGCUCGCGCGGGCUGGUCCCGGCGUUGUUGGCGUCGGGGGAGACCUGGGACUCGAGGGCUGGGCCGGGCGGGGCCGGGCCGGGCACCGCCCUGCACACCUGAGGCCUGGUGCACGGAGCACGGCAGGUGGAGCCGCCACGCUGGAGUUGGAGCUGGAGUUCGGUGGGGCGGGAGGGCAGCGGCUCCUCCCAGCCGGCCCGGGCGCAGAGAAUGAGUCGGAAGCCGUGGCCUCCGUGCGGAAAGGCUGUGCCCAGAGCGUGCUGCGCUGGUUCACCACCGUGGUGCUGUGUGCCGCCUUCCUGGGGCUGGGACUAAGUGUUGCUAUCCUGGGGCCCACCUUUCCAGACUUGGCAAAGAACGUGAACAGAAACAUCAGCAGCCUGUCUCUGAUUUUCGUGGGCCGGGCCUCAGGAUAUUUAUGUGGCUCUAUGAUUGGAGGAGUCCUGUUUGGCUGUAUAAAUCAUUUUUUGCUUUUGGGGGUUUCCCUUUCUGCUACCACAGUUGGUCUUUAUCUCAUGCCAUUCUGCAAGACAGCAGCCCUACUGAUUGUCAUGAUGUCUGUCUUCGGGGUUUCCAUGGGCAUUCUGGAUACAGGUGGAAAUGUCCUCAUCUUGGAUCUCUGGGGGGACAAAGGACCCCCACAUAUGCAGGCCUUGCACUUCAGUUUCGCCUUGGGUGCCUUUCUGGCUCCCCUGCUGGCUAAAUUGGCCUGGGGUACAACAGCAUCUGCUCAGAAUCACACCAAGCCCCAGUCUGACCUUUCAGCCUUGAACCAAUCCUUUGAAGCCACCUCUGUGUUUGCGGUACCCGAUGACAAGAAUCUGCUGUGGACAUAUGCUUCUAUUGGCACCUAUGUUUUAGUAGUUUCUGUCUUUCUGUUUGGUCUAUUUUGUAAGAAACAUUCAAGGCAAACAAAAUCCGCAGCAUCUGCUCAGGGAGCUCGAAGGGCUAAAUAUCACAGGGCCCUGCUAUGCCUGCUCUUCCUCUUCUUCUUCUUCUAUGUGGGAGCUGAGGUGACCUACGGCUCUUUUGUAUUCUCCUUCGCUACCACCCAUGUUGGCAUGGAAGAGAGCAAGGCAGCUGGCUUGAACUCCAUCUUCUGGGGAACCUUUGCAGCCUGCAGGGGCCUGGCCAUCUUCUUUGCCACAUUCUUACAGCCUGGAACCAUGAUUGUGUUGUGUAACAUUGGCAGCCUGGCAUCAUCUUUCUUUCUGGUACUUUUUGACAAGAGCCCUCUUUGUCUCUGGAUNGCGACUUCUGUGUAUGGAGCCUCAAUGGCAGCCACGUUUCCCAGCGGCAUCUCCUGGAUUGAGCAGUACACCACCUUAACUGGGAAAUCUGCAGCAUUCUUUGUAAUUGGCGCUGCCCUGGGAGAAAUGGCCAUUCCUGCAGUGAUCGGAAUUCUUCAGGGACACUACCCAGAUCUGCCAGUAGUUCUGUACACAUGUCUGGGCUCAGCCAUAUUCACAGCUGUUUUAUUUCCUGUGAUGUAUAAAUUAGCCACCUUACCCCUGGAAUGCCAGCACAAAGGAACAAGGAAGAGCGAGGACCAGAAAGCUCUGCUCUCCAGCUCUGAGCUACAGGACUGUGAGGAGGAGAACGAGGAGGACGAUGCAGAGAAGUGGAACGAGAUGGAUUUUGAAGUGGUUGAAAUGGGUGAUCCAGUUCAGGAGUCUGCAAGGGAGACUUCUAGAGAAGAGGGCUCCAGUCAGGUCCUUCCGGAUGGACUGAUUGCUGAGCCCCUUUCAGCCAACAGCAGUAAUUCUCUUGUGAAUCAUCAGGACAAAAGGGAUUAACACGAAUUGGCUUACCAUUGGACACCAUUCAGGGCAGAGCUCUGGCUGACUUUGAGCAUGCUCUUGCACUUGAAAUUUGUGUCUGAUCAUUUGGAGUGUUUCGAAUUCUCAGUCUUCUGUAAAUUACCGUUCGUUGUUGUGCACUGGGAUCUUGUUAGGAGACUGUUUUGUAGUCUCCACCUUACAGAAGGUGUUGGUGUGUGAAGAGCUGGGUAGUGUGCCAGGGGUCAGCACUGUAGAAAAUGAGCUGAUUUGCUGAGCAAAGACCUGUGCUGUGCAGUCACACCCCGACACGAGCCAGUUGUCAUGACAAAGAGCAUCUUUGGAGAUGGGAAGAUAGUUUUCUUUUACCCUCUGUGUAGGGUUGAACUGAAAAAUACUGUUGACUAUUUAUUCCUGUGAGAACACACAUAGGCUAUGCUUCCUCCCUGACUUCAUGUUCAGCUCUGACAAAAGCCUCCUGUGAUUCUAGAAAUGCAAUGAGAUUAUUUUUAACCUCCAGGGAUUGUGUUUGUUUUGUUUCUUGAGUCUUUUAUAGUCCAGGCUGGCCUGGAAUUUACUAAGUAGGCCAGGUUGGCCUCUAACUCACUGUUCUGUUUCUGUCUCCUGAGUUUUGUAAUAGAGACGUGUGCCACCAUGCAUGGUGAAACAUGUAAGUUUUAAAGUUGUAUCAUAUUUUUUCUAAAAUAGUCCAUUCAUUUCAAAUGUGCAAACCAAAACUGCCGGGUAGCCCUAUGAGUGCUGGAGCUCGUGCAAUCCUGACGUUUGACAGGCAUGGUGUGUAGUGGUACUGAUGCGUUCAUUGAUCUACAACAUGACCUUUCCCUUACUCUCAAGGGAAUUUUAAUUCUUGUUUCCCACACAUUUAAGAAAAACCCAAACCAUCUUGCCAAUCACUCUCAUAUUCAUUGGUACAGCGGUUCAUUGCAUUUCAGAGAUUAUAGUAUUUUUGCUGACACUUUAAAAAGAGGUUAUUUUUAUAUGCUGUUGUCUGUGUCAUUCAGAAAGCAUCUGGGGACACGUUGAUUUUAUAUAUUAUCUUCUUGUCUAGUGCUGUUGACUUGACACAGGGCCUUGCACUUGUUAGUUACUUGCUUUACCAGUGAGCUACAUGCCCAGCUCUUGGGUUUUACUUAUAGGAGCUGUUUUAAAGUUACUAUGUAAGUUGCAGCGGUAUGAACGGGUCCUCUGGUGCCCUCAGCCUGCCUCCUUAGCAGAGGCUGGAGCGGGCCUUGCUGUUAUAGGAUUUGACCCUCACUGGGUUGGGGUAUUACAUAUAGUCUGUAAGCCAAGCUAAACGUUUAGUUUACAGAUGAGCCCUCAUCUGGUUGUGGUGAUCGGAGGACCCAUGUCCACCUCCAGGACCACUCCAUGAGCUUAAAGUACCUGGAAACCAAAUCAAGAUGGAAGACAGUGGGAUGGCCAAGGAUGAGGAGUACAGCUUCACAAGUGUGACAGAGCUAGCCUGGGCCAGCCUUUGGUGACUGUAGUCUGGGCCAGCAUUUGGUGACUCUAGUCUGGGCUAGCCUUUGGUGACUCUAGUCUGGGCCAGCCUUUGGUGACUCUAGUCUGGGCCAGCCUUUGGUAAAUGACUUGUACCUUUUCUCAAGUUUUAUGCUGACCGACAAUGAAUUGCUACGUGACUGCAAUAUGUUUGAAAUCUCUUACAAAACUUUAUGAAUUGGUUUUUUUUAAGUGCUUAC